CGAGCGGUUGACCUUGGGGAAGGUUCGCGGAGACCAGCCACAUGCGCGGGGCGGGCGCGGGGCUGGGCGUGUGACCCCCGCCUGCGCGGGCGGCUCGGGGCCGCGGGCCGCGGGCCCGGUCGCACCUGGCACCUGACCCCCGGCGGGCGGCGGAGCGCGAGGCCCGGCUCCACGCUGGCCCCUGGGACGGCGGAGCCCGAGCGCGGAGGCGGCGGAGCGGCUCCCGGACCGGAGGACUCCAGGCGGCCGACUCCCGUGCCCCGGGCGACCUUGGGCGGCGAGGCCACGGCUGGAGGCGAGCUGCCCGGGAAGGCGGGAGCAAAACCUCCCAGGGUGCUGGCCCGAAGGCCGCCUGGCUCCGGCCCCGCGGGAGGCUGCCAGCCCUGGCCUUGCCCACCCGGCGCGUGCACGUGGCUCCCCGCCCCCCCCCGCGCCCAGGCGCCGCCCUCCUGUGCCCUUCACCCAGAGCACCCUGGCUGCCACGGGAGGCCUCCCACGGAUGCUGGGGCCUCGCGGGAACAUGCAGCCUCCGGCCUUUCCAGCGCCCCAGCAGUCUCAGUCCUGGCCAAUUUGGCCUCCACGUGACCUUGACCUGGAGGUCAACGCCCCCCAUCCCUCGGAGCUGAACCGGUUCCUUUUUUGUCUCAGUUCUGGACCUUUGGUUUCACUUUCCGCAUCUCCUGGACCCGGGGCUUUCUUCCAGGCCCACAAGGCUUGAGGCCUCCCGGCUAGGGCUGCCGGCUCAGGGCCCCUGACUCAGCGCUGAGGAGGGCUCGGGUGAUGGGGCCUGCGGGGGUGGGUGGGGGCAGCCUGUGGGGAUCUUUCUGGGCUGAGACCCUUCCCCCGGGAUCUUCUGCUGGGGGCAUGUGGACAUUUUGAGGCUGCAUCCUAGUGAUGGGAACGUUCUAGGCCAAUCACAGGUGUGUCCUGGGGAGACAGGUGAGCAGGGCCUCCGGGGGCAGCUCCUGAGACCCAGGCUGUGCUAAAAUAUUGUCUUGAGAUUUCGGCUUUGGUGCUCUCGGCUGCCCCACCGCCCAGCAGAGCAAAGCACACUUAGGUAUAGAGCCACCACGGCUCACCCUGGCAGAGAACCCGGGAGCAGAGUGGUCCAGGGUGCCCCCCACCCUCUCACCCGGAGAAGCACAGCACCUCCCUCUACAGAGUCCCGUUGCUGAUGAAAUCAGGAUGCAUCCGUGGCAGGGUUGGGGAGUGCCAGGAAAGCACGUGCCUAGAGCUCCUAAGGCCCCCGGGGGGCCUCGCCUGCCCCCUCCGCUGGCCCUUAGCCAGUUGGGCACACUGCAGCCUGCCAGGUCGGGAGGGUGCCCACGAGCCCGGCCUGUGGGAGCACAAGGCCCAGCCUGCCACAGUGCUGUGCGCCCCGGGGUCUUCUGUGCCCUAGGGAGGCGUGAACAGACACCCCUUCCCUCUGAGGUCACGCCCUCCUCCGGGGCUGCCCCCUCCCAGCCCCAGUGGCCUUGAAAAGACCCUACUGGGAGGCCAAAGCGGCCAGUGGGUCCUCCCUCCCCCCUGAGCCUUCCCAGGGGGCCACCCUCCAAAAGGGCUCCACCCGCCUUCCUAGCCACCUUCUCUAGUUUUUCCUCGGUAGUGGUUUUUUACUACCCAGCACCCCUCACCCUGACUUGCUCAUGAGAGGGGGUGUCUGGGCCCCCGCUGCAUCCCCCACACCUGGUGCCUGGUGCACUUGCAGGUGCUUCGGCCAAGCAGCUGACCUGCUAAUUAUGCAGGCUGGGGUUGUGGCUCAGCGGCUCUUGCUCCCAGCGUGGGACAGCAGAUAGUGGAGGUCAUGUUCAUUGCUGGGAAGAAGAUAAAAUGGCGCCGUGUGACACCCCAUCCCCCCCCACGGUCAGGCGAGCAGUGCCCCUCUCAGCCAAGGAGGACCCCCGAGCGGCGGUGGGGCACCUGAGCCCAGGAAGGCGAGCAGGCCGGCGGGACCGCGAGUGCCUGGCGGAGUGGCACGUGCAGCCCAGGACUCCCGGCUCCCACCUCCUGCUUUCGGGGCCAAGGCUUGUGUUUAACCGGGUGAACGGCCGGCGGCCCCCUGCCACGUCUCCAUCCUUUGAGGGAGUCCAAGAGACCUACACACUGGCCCAUGAGGAAAACGUCCGGUUUGUGUCUGAAGCUUGGCAGCAAGUGGAGCAGCAGCUGGGCAGUGGCCCCAAUGGCCAUAGUGGGCCCAGGCCUGUGCAGUACGUGGAGAAGAACCCCAACCCCCGGCUGCAGAACUUUGUGCCCAUUGACCUGGACGAGUGGUGGGCGCAGCAGUUCCUGGCCAGGAUCACGAACUGCUCCUAGCUGCCUUGGGAGGAAUGCUGCCGUGCAGGGCCCAGCCCUGCCAAGGGGCGGAACCCUCGCCAGGAAAGGACCGUGGCUCCCCGUUUUGCCGCCGAGGCAGGCCGCUUCACCCCGAGUCUGGCCAGGAGCCGGCCACACCUGAAGUGCCAGCAUUUGGACUUUUGUACCUGCUGAGCCCCUGGACGAGCUGUGCCACGCUGCCGGGGGCCGGGGGCCGAAUCUGACCUCAAUCCUGCUCACUGUGCCCAGGGACCAGCCCCUGCGGCCGGCAGGGAGGAGCUGUAGGCUAAUAAAGUUGAGAAACUGCC